AGACAAAAAGCUAUGUUCUCUCUUCGGUACUUUGACUUUCUGUUGCUCUCUUCGUUAAUAUGAAUCCAACCCUACCUAUGACUUUGAAUUCUAGCUUGCAAUUCUUUUUGGUAAACUUUUGGUUGGUGCCCGCCCACUAGCGCAGCCCACAGCCAACCCACGUUAAAUUUAUCGGUUCGAUAUAGUUCGAUAUGGUAAUGUGAAACCCAGUGAAACCCGCAUAAUAAACAGCUUGGUCAUUUAUUAUUUUGAGAUCGGAAGAACAAGAAGGGAGCAUCCACGUGCUAGUAGCAAUUGCACCCAAAAAGAUCGGAGCAAUAAAUUGAAUCAUGUCAGAGAUUACUUCAAUCAUUGAGCAACUUGAUAAGGAAUAUGAGGAGGCUGUGACAAGUGAAAAGUUUAAGGAGUCAAUUGAGGCAAAUAAAGAGACCAAAGAGCCAGAAGUGCUUUGGCGCCUCUCUCGGGCCUCACGAGUUGUCGCUGACCGUACCCCUGAUGCAGCUGAAAAGCAAACCUAUGUUAAUAUGAUAAAAGAGUUUGCAUCACGAGGCAUGGAAAUUGAUGACAACAACUCUGGCUGCCACAAGUGGUUUGCAAUGGGUCUGAUGCAAGCUGCAGGCGGUCCUCAGGAGAAGAUGAAAAAUGUUCACAUUGUUAAGGAGCAUUUUCAGAAAGCUAUCGACUUGAAUCCUAAUGAUCCACAUGCUCACCACGUUCUUGGCACAUGGUUUUUUAACUUGUCUGAUCUGCCAUGGCUGAUGCGUAAGAUGCUGAACACAAUCCAGUCCAACCCGCCCAAGGCAACUUAUGAAGAGGCAUUGGAGCAGUUUGAAGAAGCCGAAAAACUGCAGCCAAAUUUCUUUGGGAGGAACUCUCUACUGCUUGCCAAGACCCACAUGAGGUUGAAGAAUCUACCCAAAGCGAAAGAAUUCCUGCAGAAAGCCGUGGACUUCCCCUGCAAGUAUCCGGUUGACGAAGAAGUUCACAAAGAGGCAACAGAUCUUAUCAACCAGAAACAGUUUAAAGGGCUGUAGAUAGGUAGGUAGGUUUUUAAAUGUAAUUUUUAUACUGCAAUUAUAUAUAUAUAUCAACCUUGAAAUUAGUGUUUUCACGACUUGUGAUCCAAGGAAUUUGUAAAAUAGAUUCGUAGAAAACUUCAAAUGUUAUUGGUUAAUAAGUAGGAUAGAGUGUCACACAAUAGCCUUACAUUUUUUUAAAAAUAAUUUUUAUUUGUACGAAUUUUGAUACAUCUUACAUUAAAACAUUGUACAAAUUUA